AUGUAUGUUGCCACCCAGCCCCAUCGAGUGGACAGCAGACCCAAGGCUGCUUGGCGUCUCUCCUGCUCCGUGGACCAGUGCCUCCUCCGCCGCCUCACCCUUCUCCCACGUGUGUCCUUCUCUCUUCCUCUAUUUCUGCUCUUCUCAGAAGUUAGCUUACAAAGCAAAGUUGUCACUUUGAAUUCCUGUUUUUCCAAACACUCUCAUGUGACAGGAUAUCUCCUUAUUGGAGGUUUCCCCUACAUAGGAGAGCCCUUUAAAAACUCCAAGCAAUUUCUAAUAUAUAAUGAAGAUCACAGGCGUUGUGUGGAAGCUGUGAAUCCUAAUGCAGUACAGACUGCAGCCUGCAACCCAGACAGUGAAUCACAGAAAUUCCGCUGGGUGUCUGAUUCUCAGAUUAUGAGUGUUGCAUUUAAAUUAUGCUUGGGCGUGUCAUCCAAAGCUGACUGGAUUGCUGUCAAUCUGUAUAGCUGUGACCCUAAAAGUGAAUAUCAGAAAUGGGAGUGCAAAAAUGACACACUUUUUGGAAUCAAGGGAGAAGGAUUGUAUUUUAACUAUGGCAACAAGCAAGAAAAGAAUAUUAUGCUCUACAAGGGCUCAGGUUUGUGGAGUAGAUGGAAGAUCUAUGGAACCAAUGAUGAUUUAUGUUCUAGAGGCUAUGAAGCAAUGUUUACACUCCUGGGCAACUCAAAUGGAGCAACCUGUGCAUUUCCUUUCAAGUUUGAAAAUAAGUGGUAUGCUGACUGCACAAGUGAUGGUCGAUCAGACGGGUGGCUCUGGUGUGGAACCACUACAGACUAUGACUCAGACAAACUAUUUGGAUUUUGUCCAUUGAAAUUUGAAGGCAGUGAAAGCUUAUGGGAGAAAGAUCCGUUGACAAGCAUUAUGUAUCAGAUAAACUCCAAAUCAGCUUUAACUUGGCACCAGGCGAGGAAGAGCUGCCAGCAACAGAAUGCCGAGCUGUUGAGCAUCACAGAGAUACACGAACAAACAUACCUGACAGGAUUAACCAACAGCUUGACCUCAGGACUCUGGAUUGGACUUAACAGUCUAAGUUUCAACAGUGGCUGGCAGUGGAGUGGCAGCAGCCCAUUCCGAUAUUUGAACUGGCUACCAGGCAGUCCCUCAGCUGAGCCUGGAAAGAGCUGUGUGUUGCUAAAUCCUGGGAAAAAUGCUAAAUGGGAGAAUCUGGAGUGUGCUCAGAAGCUAGGCUACAUUUGUAAAAAGGGCAACACAACCUUGAAUCCUUUUGUCAUUCCCUCAGAAACUGAUGUGCCUACUAGCUGUCCUGCUCAGUGGUGGCCAUACAGAGGCCACUGUUACAAGAUUCAUAGGGAGCAGAAGAAAAUCCAAAGAGAUGCUUUGACUGCAUGCAGAAAGGAAGGCGGAGAUCUGGCAAGCAUCCACAGCAUUGAGGAAUUCGACUUCAUUUUCUCCCAGUUGGGCUACGAGUCAAAUGAUGAGUUGUGGAUUGGGUUGAAUGACAACAAGAUUCAAAUGUACUUUGAAUGGAGUGACGGGACUCCUGUGACAUUUACCAAAUGGCUGCGUGGAGAACCAAGCCAUGAAAACAACAGGCAGGAAGACUGUGUUGUGAUGAAAGGCAAGGAUGGAUACUGGGCUGAUCGUGCCUGCGAGCGGUCUCUUAACUACAUCUGCAAGAUGAAAGCACAAACUCCAACUCCAGGAAUUGUGGAAGUAGAAACAGGCUGCCGGAAAGGCUGGAAAAGGCAUGGAUUUUACUGCUACUUAAUUGGACACACACUUUCAACAUUUACUGAAGCAAACCAAACCUGUGGAAAUGAGAAUGCUUAUCUAACAACUAUUGAAGACAGAUAUGAACAAGCCUUUCUGACGAGUUUGGUUGGCUUGAGGCCAGAGAGGUAUUUCUGGACGGGGCUGUCUGAUGUUCAAACCAGAGGAACCUUUCAGUGGACCAUUCAGGAGGAGGUUCGAUUCAGCCACUGGAAUGCUGAAAUGCCUGGACGGAAAACAGGAUGUGUUGCCAUGAGGACAGGGGCUGCUGGGGGACUAUGGGAUGUCUUGAAAUGUGAUGAAAAGGCCAAAUUUGUGUGCAAACACUGGGCAGAAGGGGUAACUCGCCCACCAGAGCCCACCACAACUCCUGAACCCAAAUGCCCCGAGGACUGGGGCACCACCAGUAAAUCAAGCUUGUGUUUCAAGCUUUAUACAAAAGGAAAACACGACAAGAAAACGUGGUUUGAGUCUCGGGAUUUCUGCAGAGCCUUAGGAGGAGAUCUAGCUAGUAUCAAUAACAAAGAGGAACAGCAAGCCAUAUGGCGGUUGAUAACGAGCAGGUCGAGCUACCACGAACUCUUCUGGUUGGGACUGACAUACGGCAGUCCUUCUGAGGGCUUUACUUGGAGUGAUGGUUCUCCUGUUUCAUAUGAACACUGGGCUUAUGGAGAGCCUAAUAAUUACCAAAGUGUUGAAUAUUGUGGUGAGUUGAAAGGUGACCCUGGCAUGUUCUGGAAUGAUAUUAACUGUGAACAUCUUAACAACUGGAUUUGCCAGAUUAAAAAAGGACAAACACCCAAGCCUGAACCAACACCAGCUCCUCAAGACAGUAGGUGUUUCUUUGUUUUCUGGUUACCAUAUCUCCAGUCAUUUUUCUUCUUUUUCUUUGUCAGUGAAAACUUGCUUGCCCUUGGAAGGUAUAGUGCAGUAGUUAAUAUCUUUGAGACUCUCAUGACAGUGAGGUCAUCCUCUCCAGAGAAAUAUAUAUUUAAUUAUAUGUCCAUUUCUGUGUUUUAGGUAAACAGAAAUGAUGCCCAGUCAGCAUAUUUUAUUGGCCUAAUGAUUAGCUUGGAUAAAAAGUUUUCGUGGAUGGAUGGAAGCAAAGUGGAUUAUGUGGCCUGGGCCACUGGUGAACCCAAUUUUGCAAAUGAUGAUGAAAAUUGUGUAACCAUGUAUUCAAAUUCAGGCUUGUGGAAUGAUGUUAAUUGUGGUUAUCCACAUGCUUUCAUUUGCCAGAGGCAUAAUAGCAGCAUCAAUGCCACAGCUAUUCCUACCACACCUCCAGUGAAAGGUGGUUGUGAGGAAGGUUGGAAACUUUUCAAUAACAAGUGCUUGAGAAUCUUUGGAUUUACUGAAGAAGAAAGAAAAAAUUGGCAAGAAGCACGAAAGGCUUGCAUAGGAUUUGGAGGAAAUUUGGUAUCCAUACAUCAAGAAAAGGAGCAAGCAUUUAUUACCUAUAAUAUGAAGGGGUCCAAUUUUAAUGCCUGGACUGGGCUGAAUGAUGUCAAUUCAGAGCAUACAUUCCUUUGGACAGAUCAGCGGGGAGUACAUUAUACAAACUGGGGGAAAGGUUAUCCUGGUGGAAGAAGAAGCAGUUUGUCUUAUGAAGAUGCUGACUGUGUUGUUCUUAUUGGAGGCAAAUCAAGGGAUGCUGGAAAAUGGAUGGAUGAUACUUGUGACAGUAAGAGAGGCUAUAUAUGCCAGACCCCGCCCAACCCUUCUUUACCUGUUUCUCCAACAACAAAACCAACAGAUGGUUUUAUUAAGUAUGGUGAAAGCAGCUAUUCACUCAUUCAAUUCAAGUUUUCAUGGUAUGAAGCAGAAAAUUAUUGCAAAGCUCAAAAUUCUCAAAUUGGAAGCAUUCUAGAUCCCUACAGCAAUGCAUUUGUGUGGAUACAAAUGCAAAAUUUGAAAACACCUUUGUGGAUUGGACUGAAUAGUAACUUGACCAAUAAUGAAUAUGUCUGGAUUGAUAAAUGGAGAAUGAGAUAUACCAAUUGGGCUGCUGAUGAACCCAAACUGAAAUCAGCCUGUGUUUAUCUGGACACGGAUGGCUUCUGGAAGACCACAUAUUGCAAUGAAACCUUCCACGCUCUGUGUAAAAGAUCAGAUGACACUCCUGCCACUGAGCCUCCACAGCUGCCUGGCAGAUGCCCAGAGUCAGACCACACAGCGUGGAUUCCCUUCCACGGGCACUGCUAUUACAUAGAGUCCUCAUAUACAAGGAACUGGGGCCAAGCUUCUCUGGAAUGCCUUCGAAUGAGUUCCACCUUGGUUUCCAUUGAAAGUGCUGCUGAAUCUAGUUUUCUGUCGUAUCAUGUUGAGCCACUUAAAAGUAAAACAAAUUUUUGGAUAGGAUUGUACAGAAAUGUUGAAGGAAUGUGGCUUUGGAUAAACAACAAUCCCGUCUCCUUUGUCAACUGGAAUACAGGGGAUCCCUCUGCUGAGCGCAACGACUGUGUGAAUUUACUUGCUUCUUCUGGGUUUUGGAAUAAUAUCCACUGUUCCUCCUACAAAGGAUAUAUUUGUAAGAGACCAAAAAUUGUUGAUGCUGAACCUACUCAUACAUUGAUGAUAACAAAAGCUGAUACAAGGAAGAUGGAGCCUUCCAAAUCAUCUCCCAAUGUGGCAGGAGUCGUCAUUGUCACCUUCCUGAUUCUGGCUGGCGCCGGCUUUGCUGCAUAUUUCUUUUACAAGAAAAGACGUGUGCAUGUACCUCGAGAGGAAAACUUUGAAAACACACUCUAUUUUAACAGUAGCUCAACGCCAGGGACUAGUGAUACCAAAGAUCUCAUAGGUAACAUUGAACAGAAUGAACGUGCACUCAUUUAG